UGGAGGUGGAGUAAUCCUGCAGAAUCUGAGCUGCUGUCCUCAGCUCUGGGGAUGUAAAUUGAUGAGGUCAUAGUGUUUUCCAGUUACAGAAAGGAAAGUUAAAGAAAGAAAGAAAAAAAAAGCCUUCAGCUUGUUUUUCAAGAGAGGCGAAAACUCCGAGAAGCUGAAGAAAUGGAGCAACUUGUAAAACUCCUCCUGUGGCAGAUUUUGCUUCAGCAAAGUUCUGUGGGCUCAUAUUCAGUCCCAGCUGAUGCCUCCAACCCCACCAGCGUGGUGGUGUCUGUGCUGAACAUCAGUGCUGUCCUGGGCUCCCAGGCCGUGCUGCCCUGCAAGAGCCACCGCAUGGUGUGGACCCAGGACCGCCUCAACGACCGGCAGCGCGUGGUGCACUGGGACCUGCUCAGCUCCUACUACGGGGACAGCAGGAUGGAGAGGCUCUGUGACAUGUACUCAGCUGGGGACCAACGUGUCUACAGCUCCUACAACCAGGGCAGGAUCCUCAUGCCCGAGAAUGCCUUUGCAGAUGGGAAUUUCUCGCUGGUGAUCAAAGGUGUCGCAGAGAGUGAUGCAGGCACAUACUCCUGCAAUCUUCACCAUCACUACUGCCACUUGUAUGAAACUGUGAAAAUCCAGCUGGUCAUCGCCAAGAGAGCAGGCGAGGAGGCCAGCGAGUACUGGGACGGCGAGAAGCCGGUGCUGGUGGCCCCGGAGGGCAGCACGGUGACGCUGCCGUGCGUCAACCGCCAGCACAUCUGGACGGAGCGGCACAGCGAGGAGGAGCAGCAGGUGGUGCACUGGGACCGGCAGCCCCCGGGGGUGCCCCAGGACCGCGCUGACCGCCUGGUGGACCUGUACGCGUCCGGCGAGCGCCGCUCCUACGGGCCCCUGUUCCUGCGGCAGAAGAUGAACGUCACCCGCGGCGCCUUCGCCCUCGGCGACUUCUCGCUGCGCAUCUCCCACCUGGAGAGCGCCGACGAGGGCACCUACUCGUGCCACCUGCACCACCACUACUGCGGCCUGCACGAGCGCCGCAUCUACCACGUGGCCGUGACGGAGCCGGAGAGGGAGAGGAAGGUGGUGAACCUCACCACGCACAGCGUGGUCCCUGCUGCAGAUCCAAACGUGGUCAGGGGCCACAAUGUCAUCAAUGUCAUCAUCCCUGAGAGCAGGAUGCACUUCUUCCAGCAGCUGGGCUACAUCCUGGCCACUCUGCUGCUCUUCCUCGUCCUCCUCAUCAUCGUGGUGCUCGUCACCCGCAGGCGCCGGCAGAGAGGUUAUGAAUACAACGUGAAGAAAUAUGGAGAGAAGGAUGUGAAUCUUAAAGAAUUUACAGUGGACACGACAGAUCUGACCCCACACAAAAGUGAAGACAUCAGGCUGGAUUACAAAAACAACAUCCUGAAGGAGAAAGCUGAGCAAGCCAGAAGCUUCCCAGCAAAGAACAUUGAUUUAGACAAAGAUUUCAGGAAGGAAUAUUGUAAAUGAAGACACUGCCAAGCUGCUGGCUGGACCAGAAGCUUCCAUCCAAGAUAGAUAACGUGGGAGAGAGAUGGCUUUUCUCAAUUCCAUCUCCCUCCAGUUCCCACAGAACUUUUUCCACAUCCACUUUUUUGUCCCCCACACAAGGGUGCAAAUGCUUCAUGCAAGAGUUAAACUGUCUUGUGUGCAUUUAUGGGGUUGGGUUGCCUUUCCUUUCCUCUGUUCUCCCAAUCCUCCCUUCCCCUUUUCUUCCUUGACAAUUAUUGUUGGAUUUUAUGCAUCAAUGAUUUUUAUGAGCUGAAUCAGCAGAGGUUUUGCUUUGAUGUUACUGCUUUAAAUAAAACCACCUGCAUCACAA